AUGAACGGUUCAUAUAAUGGAUGUAAUUUUGUUGUUCGUCUUCGUGGUUUACCAUGGUCUACAACUCAAAGUGAAAUACUAAAUUUUCUUCAAGGUUGUAAAAUUCGACGAAUACACUUUAUAACAAAUGAUCAAGGUAGAUCAACUGGUGAAUGUUUUGUAGUUGUUGAAACGAAAGAAGAUAUUGAUCUAGCAAGAAGUUAUGAUAAAAACAUGCUAGGAACUCGUUAUAUUGAAGUAUUUGAAUCCAGUCAUGCAGCAAUGUCUGAUAUAAUGAAAAAUCAUAAUAAUGAUUUAUCAAAUUCCCAAAAUAAUUCAUCAAAUAAUGAUAAUUGGAGAGAACCUGUUGUUCGUUUACGUGGUCUACCUUAUCAUUCUACCAAAAGUGAUGUUAUGAAAUUUUUCAAUGGACUCGACAUAGCUCAGAAUGGUGUACACAUCUCCUCGAGCAAACCGGCAGGCGAGGCUUUCGUCGCUUUUGUGAACAUGGACAAUGCCCUACGAGCUUUGGAAUUCAACCGCAUGAAUAUGGGGCAUCGUUAUAUCGAAAUAUUUAAAUCAACUUAUGCUGAAGCACGUACAUCAAUUAUUAAUGAUACACAAUUAAUGGUACGACAAAAAACUAAUGCUGCACUUCAACCACAAGGAAGUUCUAUGAAUAAUACUGGUAGUAAUUGCAAUAAUGAUAUGAAUCAAUAUAGUAAUGAUCCAUCAUCUCAAAAUAAUUAUAAUUCCGAUGAUAGAAAUGUAAAUAAUUAUACGAUGGGUAAUAAUGAAAGUGGAUCACUUAAAAGACCAAUGCCAUCAUCGUUUACAAUGAAAUUACGUGGUGUACCAUUUGAAGCUGGUAAAAAAGAAAUUUAUGAUUUCUUCAGUCCUCUUAUACCAAUUCGAGUUGAACAAGAAAAUACAAUACGUGGUAGACCACCAAUAUGGUAUGUUGAAUUUGGUUCGCGUGAAGAAGCAACUGAAGCCAUGGGAUUUCAUAAAAAAUAUAUGGGAACACGAUAUAUUGAAUUAUUUCCAUUAUUUGAUGAUAAUGAUCGAUCUAAAAUGAUUCGUAGUUAA